AUGGCUGCCUCCGCAGGUCCCAACCAGGUCGACAUGGCCUUCAGCCACGAGCCCAAGGUCGCCACACCUCUUUACGAGGUUGGCGAGAAGCAAGCCCUUGCUGGUGAGAAGCGCCAUUCGUCUUCUGCACUCAGCCAAGACAUCAACGCUGCUCCGGUCGAGUUCGAGGCCGACUUAGUUGGAGAGGAGCCCACCGAUGAGGACCUGAAGACACUCCGCCGUGUCUCUGGCAAGAUUCCGUGGCAGAUCUUCACUAUUGCGUUCGUCGAGCUUUGCGAGCGUUUCGGUUACUAUGGAUGCCAGGUGCUCUACACCAACUUCGUUCAGCAAGACCUGCCCAUCAUCGAGGGUGUUGUUCAGACCACUGGUAAGGACCCGCGUCCUGAAGGUCAGCCUGGUGGUCUCGGCAUGGGCCAGCGUGCAUCCUUCGGUAUCGGCACUUUCAACUCUUUCUGGGCCUACACUACACCCAUUAUCGGUGCCAUCAUUGCCGAUGAGUAUCUUGGUCGCUUCAAUACCAUCUUCAUCGCCAUCGCCUUCUCCAUCAUCGGUCACAUCCUGCUCAUCAUCUCCGCUAUCCCCAGCGUUCUCACGAGCGGCAACGCCAUCGCUCCGUUCAUUCUCGGUGUGAUCGUUCUUGGGUUUGGUACCGGGGCUUUCAAGGCCAAUAUCUCGCCCCUCAUUGCCGAGCAGUACAAGCAGACCAAGCCUCGUGUUAUCAUUGAUGAGAAGACCGGCGAGCGUGUCAUCUCUGAUCCCAACAUCACCCUCUCCCGUAUCUUCCUGUACUUCUAUAUGUUCAUCAACAUCGGUUCCCUUACUGGUCAGAUUUCCAUGGUCUACGUCGAGAAGUACGUUGGUUUCUGGUGCGCGUGGCUUCUUCCUACCAUCAUGUUCUGCGGCUGCCCCAUCGUCCUCUGGGUCUGCCGUAACAAGUACCACAGGAGCCCCCCUACCGGUUCCGUUCUCAUCCGCGCCUUUAAGCUCCUCGGUCUCGCUACCAAGGGUAAGUGGUCCAUCAACCCUGUCACCACCCGCAAGAACUUCAAGGGUGAGCGUUUUUGGGAGGAUGUCAAGCCUAGCCACCUCGGCGCGAACAAGCCCAACUGGAUGCAGUUCGAUGACGCCUGGGUCGACCAGGUUGCUCGUGGUCUCCGUGCUUGUUCUUGCUUCACCUGGAUUCCUCUGUACUGGAUGUCCUACAAUCAGAUGAACAACAACCUGACCUCUCAGGCCGCGACCAUGACCCGUAACGGUGUACCCAACGACAUCAUCACCAACCUCAACCCAAUUUCGCUCGUCAUCUUUAUCCCCAUUGUCGACAAAUUCCUCUACCCUGCGCUGCGAAAGGCCGGCAUCCGCUUCACACCCAUCAAGCGCAUCGCUUUCGGUUUCAUGCUCGCCUCGCUCGCUAUGGUUUCCGCCACAGUGAUCCAGUACUACAUCUACAAGACCGGUCCCUGCGGCAACGAGAUGAACUCUUGCGAUGAGCCCUCACCUAUUAACGUCUGGACUCAAGCUGUACCUUACGUACUUGUCGGUUUCUCCGAGAUCUUCACUUCCAUCACCGGUCUUGAAUUCGCCUUCACCAAGGCACCCAAGAAUAUGCGCUCCCUUGUCACGUCGUACUGGCACUUCAUGUCUGCGUUCUCCAACGCCAUUGGUCAGGCGCUUGUGUCGUUGUCCGAGGACCCGCUGCUCGUGUGGAAUUACGGUGUUGUUGCCGUGCUGGCGUUCCUCGGUGGUAUCCUGUUCUGGAUCCACCAAAGGCCGACGGAUAAGAACGAGGAUGUCCUUAACAUGUUGCCUGAUUCCAACUACAUUGGCAAGGACAAGAGGCACAGUGUGGAGAACCCUGACCGCGCCGCUUAA